CUUAGCGCGACCUAAUACGGGCGGCCUGUCGGAUGACUCGCUGGAUCGAUCCUAACCGGCCGUAGGAACUCACGCUCGAGCAAUCCCUGUCCGUCAAUCAGGAUCCCGUCGUCCGCCGCCUUGUUGCGGAGCGGGAGAAGUAGAAGCGCCGCUUCUAGGGUACGGCGACACAACAGCCCGGGUACCGGAUCAUUGGCCAGGCCAUCUUUAACACCCGGCAGCGGUUGAGAGUGGCGCUCCUCAAGCACCUUCAAGAUCGCUAGGAUCUGGAAAACCCGAUCGACGAGAUCGAGCGGCAGCUCUCUAGGCUCAAGCUUAGCCAAGACGUGAAGACCAACUUAGACCAAAACGAUGAGAUGUCCCCGAUCUAGAAGCGCUUGGCCGAGACGUUGAUGACGCUCUUGGGAACGACUAUCGAAGAAGAGUUCCGUCGCCGCAAUGCGGCUAUCGAUGCAGUCGCUGCCUACUGCUACUUCCAGGAGGGGGCAGCCGCUGCCCAACCACGCAAGAGGUCGUCGACGCGACGGGCGAGUCCGAUGCCGUCGAAGGAGACCAACCCGCAGCUAGUAGCCGCCGAGGCCGAGAAGCAAUUGUUAAGUGACGCUAUAUUAUUAGUGUUUACUGAGAAGAGGACCACUACCUGCUUCCUCUGUUUAGGGGAGCAGAGCUUGCUAUUCGAAAAGCGUAUUUACAAGUUUGCCAGUUCGAGAGACUUGACAAAGCACUUUAAGCGGAAGUAUCUGGCCCACAUCAAAGAAGGGGAUCGGCUCUGGUGCAAGGUCUAUCGAAUGGGGCUGCAGCAUAAGCAGCAUCUCCAGAAUCACGCAGAGACCAUCCACGAGAUCGUUUUUUAAUACUUUAAUAAUAUACUAAAAGCACAUAAUUACAAAGCUUGCGUUUGCCCCAUCUUAUCUUUCCUUCUCUACCCUUUCUCGAUUACACGCUAUUCUCACGACAUGCUUUUUAAGUAAACUCAUAGCUAUUUAUGCGUUUGCAGAGUUACUUACUUGUUUCGAGCAACUUUCUUCAAAGCGAGACUAAAUUAAGUAAAGCCCUAGCAAUUGCGUG